GACAUUGGAAGAACGAACUUUCAAGAAAGAAGGCCUGCUAAGCCCGAAGACGUUUUAACAGUGUGUUACACGAGUGGAACAACGGGUCCACCAGGGGGAGCCAUCUUGACACAUGCCAAUCUUGUCGCUUACUUCUCAGCAUAUCAUUUGAUGAUGCUUCAGAACGGUUUUGAGCUGACAACAUGGUAUGUGAAACUGUUAUUUUUACCGCUGGCUCACAUGUACGAACGGAUAAAUCACUUUAACUUGUUUGUGGGCGGAGGAAGGAUUGAGUACUACAGUGGCGACAUCAGACAACUGCUAGAAAAGUGCAAAGAACUGAAGUAA